CUCCAGCCAUGGCAGAGGCCUUGCAGGGAUGCCCAGGGUCCCUCCUGGUGCCCAGGAGCUGCUGCCACACCCGGGGAGCUGCCAGGGGCCGUGCCCAUCUGCCUGUCUGCAGGAUGACCCUCACCAGCACCACCAGCGUAGCCCAGGCCUUCUUCUGCCUCCUGCUCUGCAUCCCCUGGGGCAGCUCCUGCCCGCCCAGCUGCCAGUGCACGGAGCGGGCCGGGGCCAAGGCUGUGCUCUGCAGCUCCCAGCACCUGCAGGAGAUCCCCAAGGACAUCCCCAGGGACGCGGUCCUCCUCAAGCUGGACGCCAACAGCAUCACCAGCAUCCCCAGCAAUGCCUUCAGGCGCCUGUCCCGCCUGCAGGAGAUCGACCUGUCCCGGAACGCCAUCGAGCACAUCGACAGGGCGGCCUUCAGAGGGGUGGCAGCCGGGCUGAGGAGCCUCGAUCUCUCCGGGAACCGCAUCCGCAGCAUUCCCAAGGAGGCUCUGCAGCCCAUGGCAGGGAGCACCAGCACCACCCAAAAGGGCAGGGCUGGGUGCCAGUCUCCAGCAUCCUCACUGGAGCUCAUGAGCACCUGA